UCACUUUUCGGAGGCUUCAGGCGAAAACCAUCGCUUUCGGUUUCUGAUGAGGAAGCGCGGCCGCCUGUCACGUGACGCGUUUCCUCAUAAGGAGCCAGCAGCGAAAACACGGCAGGUUGUUUAAAGCGGAGAAGCAGCGAUGACAGCGACCGUUCAAGGCCCGAUGCUGGGGAGCCUGCUGCUCGUCUCGCUGUGUGUCGGGGCGGCGGCGGCGGCCAUGUUUGACAGCCAGCUGGACGCCCACUGGGAGCUGUGGAAGAAGACGCAUGAGAAACAGUACCAGAACAAGGUGGAGGAUGUGCGCCGCAGGGAAUUGUGGGAGAGCAACCUGAGGCUCAUCAGCGUGCACAACCUGGAGGCCUCGAUGGGAAUCCACACCUACGACCUGAGCAUGAACUUCAUGGGCGACUUGACGCCAGAGGAGGUCCUGCAGUUUUACGCAACACUCAGUCCCCCCACCGACAUCCAGAGGGCGACAUCCACCUUCGCGGGGGCGUCCGGCGCCCACGUACCCGAGGAGAUGGACUGGAGACAGAAGGGCUGCGUCACCAGCGUCAAGAUGCAGGGUGCUUGCGGCUCCUGCUGGGCCUUCAGUGCCGUCGGGGCCCUGGAGGGCCAGCUAGCCAAGAAAACCGGGAAGCUGGUGGACCUCAGCCCCCAAAACCUGGUGGACUGUUCCGGAAAGUACGGAAACCACGGCUGCAACGGCGGCUUCAUGCACAAAGCCUUCGAGUACGUCCGCGACAACCAGGGCAUCGACUCGGACACCUCGUACCCGUACAAAGGACAGUCGCAGCAGUGCCGCUACGACGCCGCGCAGCGCGCCGCCAACUGCUCCGGGUACAGCUUCCUGCCGGAAGGGGACGAGGCGGCCCUGAAGGAGGCGCUCGCCACCGUCGGACCCAUCUCCGUGGCCAUCGACGCCACGCGGCCCCGAUUCGCCUUCUACCGGAGCGGAGUGUACGAUGACGCGAGCUGCACCCUGAAAGUGAACCACGGCGUGUUGGCCGUGGGCUACGGCACGCUGAACGGAGAGGACUUCUGGCUGGUGAAGAACAGCUGGGGAGAUCGGUUCGGGGACGGGGGCUACAUCCGGAUGGCUCGCAACAAGAAGAACCAGUGUGGCAUCGCUCUGUGGGGCUGUUACCCCACCAUGUAGAGGGAACCCAGCAGAUCCCUUCUCUUUCACUCAUACAGUACAUUUACAGUUUAACUCCACAUUGAUUAAACCAUUUUUUCUACGUUUUGUUUUUAAAACUCUUUUUAAUGCACCUUUUUUUUAAAGUAGAAAAGUCAAACAUGGUAAAUCUUUAAAUCUUAGAUAUUGAACCUGUUUUUAACUGUGUUUGUAUGCGUUUGUUUUGAAUCUUUAAUAAAGAGACAUUUAUACACCGUAA